AAUCAACAUCAUCCCCAUCAAAUUAUAUGAAAAUUCAAAAUUAUUUGUUGAAAACACUUGAUAGUCCACAUGAUUUAAGUUAUGCUAAUUCGUCUGCAACUAUUUCACAAUCAUCACAAAUAAAGUUAACCAAUAAUUGUAAUUCACUAGAUUUAUCUGAUCAACUAGGUAUAACAACAUAUAUUGAUGAAAAUGGUCAAAAUUAUAUUAUCACAACAUCAUAUGGUAAUCAAUCCAAGUUAAAACAAAAACAACAUCAUAUUCAAGAUCCACGGAUUGAAUUAAAUUUCUUAUGUAAUCAAAUCAAUAAUAAUGCUAUGAUAUCAUCUUCAUUCAAUGAUUAUAGCAAUAAUAUUAAUAAUAGUAAUAGAACAACAGAAACUCAACUUCCAAUAUUAACAAGUAGUAUAUCAGAACCGUUUUUAUCAAAUUUAUCAACAGAUCUCAUGACAAGUUCAUCCAUUGAUUCUACUGUAGCAGCUGCAUCAAACGUGAUGAAUUAUAUUUAUCAAAAUGGUUCAUUAAAUUAUGGUAAUACAGAACAAUUAAAAAAUCUAAAUUGUUUAAAUAUACGUACAUUAAAUCAUUGGAAUUCACUUGAGUUUAAUUUAAAUGGAAGCAUAGAUCAAUUGACAAAUUAUAAUAAUUCACAGUUAUAUGAACCUAAUACCACUAAUUCUACUACAAUAACUACUACUAGUAAUAAUACUGAUAAUGCUGAUAAUGGAACUAUCAAUACUAGUAAUAGUGAUACUAAUAAUAAUGAUAAUAAUCACAGUUUAUUAAGAACAGAUGAUGCAAAUAAUUUAUUGAAACUUCAUCAAUCUAGUCAACAGCAACAAUAUCCACUACAACAAUUACAGAGUGCAAAUAAUUCCAUUAUUUUGCAUUCGAAUACUGUACAAUCGAAUAAUGUAAAAAAUCAUAGUGGUUUAGGUACCCCAUUCAUUAUUGAAGAUGUUAAACCAAGAUUUCAAGAAAGUAAUGCCAUUAAACACAAUCAUAAUACUAGUCCUGCAAUAAAUACUACACAAGACUCUACAACCGAUAUUAUGGUUGGAUUUAAUAACAAUACAUCUGUAAAUCAUCAAUCAAGUCAUGUAAAUGAUGUAAAUAUGAAAAAUACCAUAGAUAAUUUAAACAAUAAUAGCAGCAACAUAAGCACUAAUAAUAAUAAUAAUAACCAACCAAGAACUAUUUCAUUCACAGGAAAUUCAAAUUACAGGUCAAGUCAAUUACAAAACUGUUAUAAUUAUAUUCAGUCUGAAGUGAAUUAUAAGCCUGAUCUGAAAAUUCAAACAUCAAGCAUGCAACAUGUACAAGGACAUCCAUAUCAUCCAACUCUCAUGAAUGGUUCAUUAGUUUCAUCACAUAUAAAUAAUGAAGCAUUAAGUUUACAAAAAGCUUUGUCUAAUAUGCACGCAAGACAUGAUAUAAUUUCACAUUCUAUUCAAGAAAUGGAAGAAAUUAAUACAAAAGUAUUAGCACAUCGUAUAAGUUCAGAAUUAAAACGUUAUAGUAUACCACAAGCUGUUUUCGCCCAACGUAUUUUAUGCAGAAGUCAAGGUACAUUAUCUGAUCUAUUAAGAAAUCCUAAACCGUGGAGUAAAUUAAAAUCUGGUCGUGAAACGUUUCGAAGAAUGUGGAAAUGGUUACAAGAACCAGAAUUUCAACGGAUGUCCGCUUUACGUUUAGCUGCAGAAUCUGAUCUGAGAUAUACUGGUCCUGUAGUAUGUAAACGAAAAGAAUCAGAACAAAUCAAAUUGUCAGAAAGUCGUCAGCCUAAAAAACCACGUCUUGUCUUUACUGAUAUACAAAGACGAACUUUGCAGGCUAUAUUUAAAGAAACUAAGCGACCUAGUAAAGAAAUGCAGUCUACAAUUGCUCAACAACUUGGAUUACAAGUUUCAACAGUAGCAAAUUUUUUUAUGAAUGCUCGUCGUCGAUCACUAGACAAAUGGCAAGAAGAUACAAGUAAACUGUCGAGUACGAUUAAUUCACCAUCGGAUUCCCCAUACAGUCGUAGUGACGAACAUGGGCAACAGCCAAGUGUGAUCCAUAAUUUAUGCUGUUCACAAGAUGGUGAUUUCAGUAAUUGUACACCUUAUUUAUUACCAUCUAGACAUCAACCUGGAUGUUCACUGUCAAUUACUACUCCUGUAUCAACAUUAAAAGCAUUGGAUAAUAGUUUCAUAUCAGGGAAUCCAACAGAAUUGGAACGAAUAACACGAAAUAAUAGUUUAGCUUCUUGUAAUAGUUUUACAAAACCUAGUAAUCAGUUACCGUUAAAUUCGAAUCUUGCAAGAACAGUAUUAAGUAACAAUAAUGAUAAAAGUGAUUUAUAUAAAUGUGAUAAUUCAGGAAAUAAUAUGAUCCCAUUAGAACACCGUACAUUUAAUACACUGAAUUCAACUGAUAAUCCUUCAACUAUUCCAACUAUUAUUUAUGCAUCACAAAAUUCAACUUGUAAACAACAGCAAAUGAAUGCGGAAAAUUUUUCCAAUAAUUAUUCUUUACAUUUAACAACACAACUUCAACAUUCGUUUCCACAUCAACUACAAUCACAACAAGAAAAUCAGCAACAGCAGCAGUCGAAUCCUCCUCCUCCUCAUCAUCAUCGUCAUCAUUCACAGAGUUCAUCGCACCCUAUGAAUACACAAUUAGUACCGUCAUCUUCAUCGUCAGCAUCAUCAUCGCAUCAGUUGAGAUUUCCAUUGGAUAUAUUAGAUCAGAAUAAUGAUACUAGUAAAUACUCAACUAACAACAGUCGAUUACAUAAUUCUGAACAUGAAACUAUUCAUAGUAAUAAUAGUAAUAAUAGUAAUAACCACAACGUAAUUAAAUCAAUUUAUCCAUAUUGCAAUUCACAAGCAAAUUAUACAUUCCCUGUAUCAGGUAAUUUACCAUCACAUCAGGCACAUUUAGAUCUAUUCAAUACUACUACUGCUGCUGGUACUACUACUGCUACUAUUGCUACUACUACGAGUGUCAGUAACAAUAAUCUAACUCGUAAUAAUAAUAAUAAUCAGUUUUUAAUGCGUGAUUUAACUAAUAGUCAACAGUUUGAUCACCGUUUCUUAAGUACGAUGACUAGUGGGCAGUUAACAUUAACUGAACAAGCUUUAGAAUUAUGUUCUUCAUUAGCUGCUGCCAAUGCUAUUUCACUUAAUAAUAAUAAUAAUACAAUUCAUUUGACCAAUGAAAAACCAAAUCAUUUUCAUGCUAAUUCAGAAAUAAAACUUUCACAUGAAUUAAAUGGAUCGGUUGAUAUAACCAAUAUUGUUUUCAAUGAUAAUAAUAAUAAUAACACCAAUAAUAAUAUUCAUACUGAAAAUGAUGUGAAAAAUACAGAUAGUUUGACAAACGAGAGUAGUAGUAAUAAUAAUGGUCAUGAUGAUGACAAUGAUAAUCAAAACUGCCACCGCCAACAACAAUACAACCAAAUAGAUUUAAUGAGUAAAAUAAAUUUAUCAAUAAGUGAAUGUAAUCAACUACGCGUACUACCAUCAAAUGAUUUAUCUAGACAUCUCUAUUUCUCUACUAAUGAGUUUAUCGAUCAGAUGAAACAAACAAAUAACAAAAUAAUCGACGAAAAUAAUGAUCUUGAUGAAGGUGAAGAUCAAGGUGAGUGUGUUGAAGACAUAGGCGAUGAUGAUGAGGAUGAAGAGGACGACGAGGAGGGAAUCAGUGCAGAAUUAUAUGAGGAUGAGGCGGAGAACGCAGAAGAUGAUGAUGAUGACGAUAUUGACACAAUAAACAGCUACAAAAAACAAUCUACAAGACACGAUUUGAACUCUAAUUCAAAUGACUAACUCAUUUUUAUCCCUUUUAUUCGGUAUCCAAAAAGGGGACUUAGAAAUAUAUCUUUUAUAAUUCAUACUUACUUUUUAUGUAAACCUACAGACUGGUACCCUUACAAUUGUAGUUUCAUGAGUAAAUUAGUCAGAAAUCAAAAUAUAUCCAUCAAUAUAUUGAUGAACUGAUUGAUGAACACAAGGCUGACCAAUUUCAAAUUUUAAAUGAUAAUUAUUAAUGGUUUAAGUCUUAUCUACGUUUAUCUUUUGUUUAGAUAUCUAUUACUUGUUCUCUACUAAUCAGUAGUGUGUUUCAAUGUUGAAUCAAACUGGAACAUAAUUUUCACUGUUGAAUCUUUCCGUGAAAUGUGUUUUUCCUACUAAAAGAUCAACUUUUGUUGCACUCUCUUAUUUUUAUAUUUGUGUACAUUGAUACUGACUAUUCUUCUUCACCGUUUUCUCUUUGACUGUUUCGCUUGUUUGUGUUAUUUUUCUCGUUGGUUUACCUUUAUUUAUUUGUAUUUUUCAAUAUAGUUAGUUCAACUACUUUUUUUACUCAAGUAUUUUCAACUUCUUAUUAUUAUUUUUUUGAAAAAACAUAUUUUGUUCUGUUUGAAUAAAUUAUCAUUAUUAUGUAGGUGUAUCAGCUGGUCAAAUAAAGAUGGAGGUAAUUAGUGAUAAUAAUGGUAACAAUAAUAAUAAUGAUAAUAAAAAGUAUAAAACACAAUAGUCUUUCAUAAAAAACAAAACUGCAUUCACAAUCAUAUAGGACUUCUUAUGUAAUAGAGGGUAAUUGACAUCAGUGUUAUUCUGAUUGUUAUUUAGUCAUAUAUAUGAGAUAUGUUACAUGUACUUAUUUAUGUUUGGAAUUCUUUCAUUCUGUAUUAUAUACAACUGAAAAAAGGUGUACAAAAGUAAAGUAAUUAAUGUAUAGUAUAUUUCUUUGAUCAACUCCUCUUACUUAUUGUUCGUAACCAUUAGAAUUAUUGCUUCUCGAAUCCCUGUAACUUUUUCUUUCUCUACAUUAAUAAAUACAAAGUGAAGGUUUAUACAUUCUAUCUAAUAAGAAUAAAUCUUAUUUUAUACGAAAUUUCAUUGAUUGAUCUUCAGAUCAGUGAAAGGUUAUUCAUCAUUCAUUCGAAUUAAUAACUUAAUAAAUGUAAAGUAUUCACAUUUCUCUGUAAAAUUAAUCUUAUUUGUAUGAAAUACGAAAACAGUAUCCUUUUGUUUAAAAAAAAUAUGUUAUAAUGUCUUCCAUAAUGUCAACCAAGAAAGAAAAAGAAAGAGUGAGGACGAUCAACAAAACUAAAGAUAUAACAAUUAAAAAAAAGAGAAAAUAAACAAAGAUGACAGUUAAUUCUUACACAAUAUUUUUGCAUUUUUUUCUUCAUUUUCACGGAAUUGUAUGUAUAAAUGUUUGUACGGUAAAUGUGAUGUGUAAAACUCGGUGUAAAAAAUAAACAGAAAACCAUUGUAAAACAACACACGAAAUAAUUAGGCAUUAAAAAAAGAGAUAGAAACCCUUUUAUGUUUUGAUGUCAUGAUAAUAUUUCGUUGUUUCACGAAAGAGAAAUAAACAAUAAAAAAUGUGUUACACAGAAAUCUUUCCCUUCAUUGUCAACCUUACUACCUUUUCAAAUUUGGGUGAGAUUUUGUUGUUCUUUUCUCUUUGUUUCUGUUUCUUCGUCUUGACUUUGUAAAACUGUCUUCUAUGAUUCUUCUUGUUUUCCUUCUCACACAUUGUUUUGCGUGCUUUUUUUUCACCUUCAAUUUUAUUUGUUCUCAACUCUUCUUAAUGUUUUUCGUUUUAUUUUCAAUCAAUUUCUGUUUAUUUUGUUUGUUAUAAACUUCAGUAACAGUGUUUAUAUUUGUUAUGAUGAUAUGGUUUUUUGGUUUAAAAGUUUAUUUGAUCUUGAGUUAUUUAUACUUUGGAAUAUUUAUAUAUACAUAUAAACAAAGUGAGGCUUUAUUGAAAUUCAAUACUUGAAUCCGGUAUAUAUAUAUAUCGUUUAGUAAGCGAAUUUAACUAAAUCGAUGUAGAUCAAUUUCUAUUUGGUUUUUGUAUUUUACAAGUUAUGAUAACUAAUUAAACUUCAAUCACUUAAUCAAUAUGUUUAGGUUUGAUUCUUUACGAGAGUGAUACCGUUCAAUGAAAGAAAAGUAAUGU